GUAAGACCUAACAAAGUAUUUGUUUGGUAUUGUUUUGAAGCAGAAUAAUAAAAAAGUUGUUUUUGAAGAGAAGAGAAUAUUGUGUGGCGAACAUCGAAGAAACACACAGAAAGAAAGGAUCUGAGGGAAUUGCGAAUUGGUGUGGAUAGGGAGGGUCCAGCGUAGUACCUGUGUACCCACAACACCACCAAUUCAACUGCUGCAAUUGCAAGAUUAGGACAGUGUUCCGUGCUUCAGGAAACAUGACCUCUGCUCACGACCUUACUGAUAAUGAAGAUGAUGGGCAGCAGCAGUCAGAAUCCCAAAUGCAGUCCCCAUCUGCAAAUGGAAUUUCGGAUCCAGGUAUUAGUAACCAGAUUGUCAAUGUACAGUAUGCAACACCUAGCCAGCUUGGAACUGGGCAUGCAAUGGUACCAGCUGUAUAUCCAUAUCCAGAUCCUUAUUAUAGAAGCAUCUUUGCAACCUAUGAUACCCAAACUUAUCCCCCACAAGCCUAUAGUGGACAGCCAAUGGUCCAUCUUCAGUUAAUGGGAAUUCAGCAAGCUGGUGUUCCUCUGCCAACUGAUGCAGUUGAGGAGCCGGUGUUUGUCAAUGCAAAGCAAUAUCGUGGUAUAUUAAGACGCAGACAAUCCCGUGCAAAAGCUGAAUCAGAAAAGAAAGUUACAAGGAAUAGGAAGCCAUACUUGCACGAAUCUCGACACAUUCAUGCACUGAGAAGACCAAGAGGAUGUGGUGGUCGGUUUCUGAAUUCAAAGAAAGACGAGAAUCAGCAAAAUGAUGUGGCAUCAGCUGACAAAUCACAAUCCAAUAUCAAUCUCAAUUCUGAUAAAAAUGAUCUUAAUUCAUCAUCAGAUAGGACAUCCUAAAGCUACUGAAAUGACAAUAACUUAGACAGUGGGGAUCUGUUGUAUGUCACAAGUUCAAUAAUACCUGCCUUGGAUAUCCCACUGUUGCUUCAUUCUGGCUUUGUACAAUACUGUUGGUUAUGUGUGGUAGGUCCGUUAGAAUGUCGCAUGAUGCAGGUAAAAUGUAAAUUGAAGUAUUUUAUCAAAUAUUGGCCUUUGGUAGGGGAGAGAUUUUAUGGUGAGCAUUUCUUUUGUAUUUUGGUACUGUAGAGAGAUUAGAGAUUGUCCGAAGCCAUGUUUAGUUUGGUUGGAUCAUGUUUAUUUACCUUGCUAGAGACAGUUAGAAGGAGUUCAACCAUGAUUGGUGAUGGAUAUUGCUAGUUGUUUAUGUUCAAUAGCUGAUAAAUAAGAUUCACAGUUGUUUUAAUUCA